GUGAUUAAACCGGAGAUGUGCUACUACUGCUUUGAUUCUCUGUACUGCCAUCUUAACAAUUGUGAGCCUGCCAAACCCACAUUCACCAAUGAAGCUUAUCCUUUGUUCGUAACAUGGUCGAUAGGCAGGGACAAGCACCUGCGGGGGUGCAUUGGAACGUUCUCUCCUGUCAAUUUGCAUGAUGGCCUACAUGAAUAUGCAAUCACAAGUGCCACUAAAGACAGUCGAUUCAGUCCAGUAACGAAGGCAGAGUUUUAUAGGUUGCAUUGUUCAGUGUCGCUGCUCACAAAGUUUGAGGAAGGCAAAGAUUAUUUGGAUUGGCAGAUAGGGAAGCAUGGAGUGAGAAUUGAGUUCUACAAUGAACGUGGUCACAAGAGGAAUGCCACAUACCUGCCUGAAGUUGCUCAGGAACAAGGAUGGGACCACACGCAGACGAUCGACUCCCUGUUGAAAAAGGCAGGCUACAGAGGGUUAGUGACAAUGGAGAUGAGACAGUCUUUGAAGCUGAUGAGAUACCAGAGCGAGAAGAUCACCGUCUCCUAUGCGGACUAUAUGGCAAGUGCCAAUAGACACAGUGCUGCUGCGACUAAUUCAGGUAAUAGCAAUUGCAACAUCAACAGCAGCAGUCGAGUUAAUAACAUUGCCAACCACAAUAGUAGUAGCAACAACAUCUGCAACAGUCUGAGUAACAACGUUUGCAACAACCUCGGCAACAACAUCUGCAACAAUAUAUCUCAAAAAAUUAAUGGCUGUCUGGUCUCCAUGUCUUCAUCUCCGCCCAAGCAUCAUGCAGCUGCCAACAAUCACCACCACCAUCAUCCUUAUCACCAUCACAGCCGCAAUAUCUCACCAACUGGUGCCUCAUCAUCAUCCUCUUCCUCCUCGGCCAUUGUCAACAAUCACCAUGUUCGCCACAAUCAUUUCAACCAUCACGAAUGAUUGCUGCUACUGUUGUGGUUGGCGUCGCUAUGAUUGCGGUGGUUGUUUGCUGUUGCUGCAGUCGUUUUCAUAUCUCUAGUUGUUACCAUUGUUUGUUUGUAUGUUGUUGUAAUUAUUAUUUUUUUUGUUUUUCACCAACUGUCAAAUAAUUGAAAUUUAUUCAAUGUUGUAUUAUUAUUCUUACUAUUACUCAAGCUCUAUAUGCCAUUUUAUUAUAUUUUAUUAUUUGCCCUGUACAUUUAGCUUCCUGGUUUCAAAAUUUCUCUUAUGUAUUUCAGUAUGUUGACAUUUCUUUCUUGUUCUUAACUGUUACAUAUUAUGUACAUUUUAACAACAACCUUUUAACAUUGUUUGUUAUUGUACAGUUUAUUUUGACAUGAAGGUAGAUAUUCAUCAUCAAUUAUUUGCUGUUGGUAGCGAGAAAAAUCCUGAAGGUACCAGCUCAGCUGAUGAAGAAUUGAUGUACCAAUGGAUGGAUCAGUGGAUGGAGGAAUUGGUCGAUAGAUUAGUUUCAACUGAUGAAAUUCCAGAAGAUGAUGUCCAAAUGUACAAGCAGCAGUAGUAUAAUAGUUUGUGCACUAGAGUGCACAAAGUUAUCAAUUGUGAUGUGAUUGGUUAUUGUUAUUAUUAUUAUAUAUAUUGUUUCUGAUGCCUUCAUUCUCAUUUAUGUAAACUAUCAUCAUCUCUUGUUUACAUGAAAUAGUUAUAUAUAUUGUCGGUGCGUGCUUAUACCUAUAAUGAUAUAAUUGAAACAUAAUAUUAACGCCAUCUCAAAUAUAUUUAUUUAUUUUAAUAAAUGAUAUAAGUUGCUGUGCUGUUUUUGUACUUUAUAUUUAAAUUGGUUUAACGUGAGACACAUAUUUUAAUGUUUAUCUUUGUCUAUAAAUUUGAAAAAAUUAUGAUUAAAAUUCCUUUUUGAAUGAAUUUGCGAAUGUUUUUGUUGAAUAAAAACUUCUUACUGUA